AUGAGUCGCUAUGAAGCUACGAGCACUCGCUCCAUAGCGCUAGUAGCGCAUGUGGAUCAUGGCAAAUCAUCGUAUGCAGACAGCCUGCUGGCCUCGAAUGGCAUCAUUUCGACUCGUCUGGCUGGAUCGAUUCGGUACCUUGACAGUCGAGAGGAUGAGCAGGAGAAAGGCAUCACAAUGGAGAGCUCUGCCGUUUCACUCAAGUACAAAGUCAUGCGCAAAAUAGCAGGCCAGGAUGCACCCGUAGAGGAGUCAUUUCUGAUCAAUCUCAUCGAUUCGCCGGGCCACAUCGACUUCAGCUCCGAAGUAGCAGCUGCACUGAGAGUCACCGAUGGCGCUCUCGUACUCGUGGAUGCCGUCGAGGGCGUUUGUACGCAGACUAUCACGGUUUUGCGUCAGGUCUGGCUCGAACGCUUACGGCCCAUCCUCGUCAUCAAUAAGAUGGACAGACUGAUCACGGAACUCAAGCUAGCGCCCAUAGAAGCUCACCACCAUCUCUUUCAGCUUGUCGAGCAAGUCAACGCAGUCAUUGGUUCCUUGUAUGCGGACGACCGGCAAGGCAGCGAUGCGCAGUGGCGAGAGUCGCGAGAGGCGCGCUUGCGCGAAAAGACUGAGCGAGCGCAAGAAGUUGCAAUGUCCGGUGCGAACGAAGCCCCUACCACGGAGGAUGAUGGCGUCGACGAGGCUGAGCCUGCAGGAGAUGACGAGGAAGACACCUAUUUCGCGCCAGAAAAUGGCAAUGUCAUCUUUGCCAGUGCAAUCGAUGGAUGGGCGUUUCGGAUAGCAACAUUCGCGCACAUACAUGCCGUGCGCUUGGGCAUACAGGAAACAAAGCUGCGAAAAGUACUCUGGGGCGACUUUUUCCUCGAUCCCAAGUCAAAGCGGGUCCUGUCUCGCAAACACCUCGGCCAGCGCAAUCUCAAGCCCAUGUUCGUUCAAUUUGUUCUAGAGAACAUUUGGUCAAUUUAUGAUAAUGUCUCCCUCAAUCCCAACGUAGACAAGGUCGGCAAGAUUGUGUCUGCGCUCGGACUCAAGAUUCGUCCCAUGGAUUUGAAGUCGAAAGAUUCACGAAAUCUGCUGGUUGCAAUUUUCUCGCAAUGGCUUCCUUUGGCAUCUUGUACAUUCAGAGCCGUCGUAGAACAAAUUCCGGGCCCAUCCGACGCUCAAUCGGUCCGCCUGCCCAGAGUAUUGCAUCCCGAACUCCCGGUCACAAGUAAAAAGGUCGAGCCGAAGAACGAUUUAGAACGCGCGUUGUACAGCGCCGAUCGAUCUUCGCCACACACCGUUGUCUACGUCAGCAAGAUGUUCUCGGUCGCUACCGCGAGCCUGCCCCAAUAUCAACGGCGGCAGCUUACCGCUGAGGAGAUGCGCGAUCGAGGACGACAGAGCCGGGCUGACGGUCUACAAAGUAGCACUGGUAUUGUUCAGGCCGACGGCGGUUCUGAUGCACUCUCAAGGAAGAUCAAUGAAGCGGAGCCAGAAGAGCCGAUACCAGCCAACGCAGAGACACUUAUAGGCUUUGCUCGUGUGUUUUCUGGCGAGAUCAGUCUUGGGCAAGAGCUGUUUGCCGUAAUGCCCAAAUACACAACACGAUUGCCUGCCAGUGAGCCCACAAACGCAAAGCAUAUCACCACAGUACGAGUUGACAGGUUGUACAUGCUCAUGGGCCGAGAGCUUGUUGUGGUGGAUAAGGUACCCGCAGGGCAUGUCGUUGGCAUCGGCGGUCUCGAAGGCAAGGUGACACGCAACGCCACGCUUUGUGCGCACAUCGACUCGACCCCCAAUCUGAGCGAUGGCGAUGUCACAAACAAUGCGCUGGUCAACCUGACCGGCCGCACGUUGACUUCUGCGCCUAUUGUCCGAGUUGCUCUUGAGCCGUGCAAUCCGGCAGAAAUGCCUAAGCUUAUCGAAGGUCUGAAAUUGCUGAACCAGGCCGAUCCAGCUGUCGAGACGCUCUUGCAAGAAACGGGCGAGCAUGUCAUUUUGACUGCAGGCGAGCUGCAUCUGGAGAGAUGCUUGCGCGAUCUGCGAGAGCGAUUUGCAAAGAUUGCUAUUCAGGCAUCGCCACCGAUCGUGCCUUUCCGUGAAACAGCAGUCAAAGGAUCCGAUAUGGCGCCAACAAAGACGAAGGAUGCACCGCGGGGCACGAUCGAGACGACCGUUGCAGAGGGCCUUGUCAAGCUUGUAAGCCGCGCAAGACCACUACCUCGCGCGGUCGCAGAUUUUCUUGCCGCCAAUGCGCCAUCUAUACGCCUGCUAUACGACGCGACGCCUGACGAGCAGCGUUCGACGGACUCUGAUCGACCGCUCGAUGCUCGUCCACAAUUACAGCCCGAUGUCUUCUGGAAAAGGCUGGAUACUCUGUUCGAAGCGGCUGGCAAAGAGUGGAUUGGCGCAAGCGACCGUGUUUGGUCUUUUGGCCCGCGUCGUAUCGGCGCAAACAUACUAUUUGACGAGACUGGCGGCUCCGGAAGAUCUCUGCGCAAGCGCCUACCCUCCGAGGUGAACGGGUCGACAAAGGAUGACGAUGCACAUUUGUUCGACGAUGCAAUAGAGACUGCUUUCCAGCUCUCAACACUGCGAGGGCCUCUUUGCGCUGAACCUAUCACCGACAUGGCGUUCUCGCUUACGUCGAUCUCUUUCGACGAGACUCAAGCCUCCGAAGUGCGCUCGAAGCUGUCCCAGCUUACCGGCAGCAUGAUCAGUGCAUCCCAAGACGCAUUCAAACAAGGCUUGCUCGACUGGUCGCCACGUCUCCUGCUUGCAGUCUAUUCUUGUGACAUACAAGCUACUGCUGAGGUCCUCGGGAAAGUCUAUGGCGUCCUUGCAAAGCGAAGGGGUCGGAUCACUUUGGAAGAGAUCAAAGAGGGCACCUCAUACUUUACUAUCGCGUCACUGCUGCCCGUCGUCGAAAGUUUCGGUUUCGCGGAUGAGAUCCGCAAACGCACGUCGGGUGCCGCGAGCCCGCAGCUGGUCUUCUACGGAUUUGAGAUGCUCGACAUUGAUCCCUUCUGGGUGCCCUCGACCGAGGAGGAACUGGAAGAUCUCGGCGAAAAAUCAGAUCGCGAGAAUGUGGCGAAGAAGUACAUGGACGCCGUUCGAGCGCGCAAGGGUAUGUUUGUGGAGCGGAAGAUCUCGCGGACAUACCUGCGCAUAGACAAGCAGCCAAUCAUCAGACGCGAUAUGGGAGCUGUGGACAGCACGGCGCCCGGACCUCGAAAAGUCAACAAACGACAGAGAAUCUUUCUGGCGGCUGAUGUAGCCAAGCAUGCACGACCGGGCGACUGCUGGGUCACCCGUCAGGGCAAGGUAUACAAUGUGACGAGCUUCGUAGAGGAUCAUCCAGGUGGCGAUGAUCUGAUACUGGGCUGGGCAGGCAAGGAUGUCGAGCAAGUGAUGAACGAUCCCGUCGAGCACAGCCACUCUGAUUCGGCGUUCGAGAUGAUGGAAGAGUACCAAGUGGGCAUCAUCGGCACGGAGGAAACCAUCGUCAAGGCAGACUUUGAGAUGGUCGGCGACGAGUAUCACCCUGACGAGACUUCUGUAGAGCAAGACUAUGCGAAGAACCAGUUUCUCGACCUCAAGGAGCCUUUGCUCAUGCAGGUCCUGCAAUCCAACUGGAGCAAGUCAUUCUACCUGCAACAGGUCCAUCAGCCCAGGCAUCUCUCCGAGCCUGCGCGAUUGUUCGGACCGUGGUAUCUCGAGAUGCUCACGAGGACGCAAUGGUUCGUUGUACCCAUCUUCUGGCUCCCAAUCGCAGCCUACCUGUUUGCGCAAUCAUUCGCCCAACAGCAAGGCACAUCAUUGCCCGAGGCAGCUCUGUCGAACAAUCUGCUCACAGUAGCAGCCGGUAUCAGAUCAGAUAUGGUCGUGGGAGCCAUGUCUGCCUUUGCAAUCGGUGUCUUCCUCUGGACGAUACUAGAAUACACGCUCCAUCGGUUCUUAUUCCACGUCGAUGACGCGCUUCCGGAUCACCCAAUCUUCCUGACGUUGCACUUUUUAUUGCACGGCAUCCACCACUACUUGCCGAUGGACCGACUGCGACUGGUCAUGCCGCCGACACUGUUUGGCGCGCUACAAUGGCCUUUUACGCGAUUAGCUUACAGGCUUCUGCCGACCUGGUUCGCCAAUGCGGGCAUUGCUGGUGCGUUUGUCAGCUAUGUCGGCUACGACAUGUGCCACUAUGCGCUUCAUCAUACAAAGCUGCCUCAGUAUCUCAAGACGAUGAAGACAUAUCACAUGUAUCAUCACUACAAGAACCCCGAUCUUGGCUUUGGCGUCACGAGCAAGAUAUGGGAUUAUGCCUUCGGCACGCGACUCGACAUCUGA